AUUCGUGUUACAGAUUAGCCCAACUAUUUACUCUGCUCAAGUGUCGCCCUCUACCGCUACACGCCAGCAUGCCGCAAAGACAGAGAAUUAAGAAUUUGGAGAGAUUCCGCGACGACCCUCACGAAGUACUAAUAGCAACAGACGUAGCAGCGAGAGGUCUGGACAUACCUCACGUGGAACACGUCAUACAUUACCAGGUGCCUCGCACGGCUGAGAACUAUGUACAUCGCAGUGGCAGGACCGCCAGAGCCAGUCGAGAGGGACUUACUAUACUCAUGAUGGAUCCCUCCGAAGCUUAUUUGUACGCAAAAAUGUGCAGGACUUUGAAUAAAAGUAAGUUCAUAAACUUAAUUUUCUAUUUACGACUGACGGAACUUUGGAUUUCCAAAAUAAAUAAUAGGAACACAAAAUAUGAAAUUGUGCUAAGUAAAUGAUAAUAGUCAUAUAAUUAUUACAAAGGAGUUAA